AUGGCCAGAAUUGAUUAUGCUACUGCACCUCUCUUUGUGAUCGUUGGUUUGGCUGUCGUAUUGACCGGCGCCACCGGUUAUAAAAGACUCUCAUCUGAUCAAGAUAUUAGCUUAACUAGAAAAGGUCAAAUGUUAUGGAAAGAUAAUCCAACUCAUAAAUUUGUUGACAGAAAUACCACUAUGGGCUAUUUCAAAACCAUUGAAACUGGUAAAUACUUAAAAGAAUAA